UUGCUUUUAUUUAUUUAUUUCCUUCCCCUUUGGCCAGGGCUGCCAGAUCCAUUCCACUCCACUCCACUCAUCCCUAGUUCCCGAUUCCCCAAACCCAGCCCAUGGCCGCGGCGGCACCCACGGGCUGCUUCAAGUGCGGCCGCCCAGGCCACUGGUCCCGCGACUGCCCCUCCGACGCCGCCGCACCCACCAACCCCGGCCAUCCCUCCGCCGCCGCCGCCUCCCGCUUCAACGCCAAGCCCAGGCCUUCCGCGGCGGCGCCGGAGGGGGACGGGACCGACGGUGGGGCGCCACCGCAGCCGCAGGACGGCAAGGGUAAGAAGAAGAAGAAGGAGAGGGCCACGCGCCCCAAACUCACGCCGGACCUGCUCCUCUCCGACGGCGGCAUCGGCUUCGUGCUCCGCUACUUACCCAAGGCAUUCAAGCCCCGCGCCCGCCCGGGCCAUGAGGUGGAGGAUCUCGGCAAUCUCAUCAAGCUCUACGCCGACUGGCACUCUCGUUUGAUCCCUUACUACUCCUUUGAACAGUUUGUGCGCAAAGUUGAGAAAUUGGGUGCCGGCAACCGCGUCAGGAGAUGUGUUUCUGAACUGAGGGACAGGGUUGCCAGAGGGGGUGAUCCUACACUUCUGUACGAACCGCCAGUUCAUGAAGACAUGCCAGAAGGUGAACCUGAUGGAACUGCACCUGAAGACCCAAUUUUUGGCUCUGAAGCUCCGCUGUCAGACAACCAUGUCAGCGACCCAGUGCGAGGUGAUGCAGAUCCACCGAUGGAGACCAAUGAUAUGGAUCCCAUGGAAGAAGAUUUGCUUAACGAAAUCUAUGAAAAAGCAGCUGAUGAACCCUGGAUCCCGCCGGCUGGUGAGGGAACCAAUAAAGAGAUUCCAGAGCCGUCUGCUCCAAAAGAAGUCAACUCGCUAGCACAGAAACCCCAGGAUGGAGCAGCCAGCGAUGGCCCCAAGCGGGCGAAGAUUGAGCUCACUGAGGAGCAGAAGGCACGCAUGGAGGCCAACAGGCUCAAGGCCUUGGAGCGAGCGGCGGCACGGGCUCGUGCCUCGCAGCCCACCUAGAUGUGCAAGAUGCUGAGUUGCUGUCUAUAGUUCAAUGGAUAGUUGGUUGAGAUGCAUCAUUCUGUGGUGUCGGACAUGGGAGGCUUGGACUUUGGCCGGCUUUGCUAGAACUUCAUAUAGUUUGCUGGUGUCCUAUUGAACUUGGGUCUGCUGUAGUCGCCUUGAUUUGAUGUAACAGGAGAAGGUAGAAUGUGUGUGCAACUUUAGCAGGGCCGUGGAACAUGUUAGCUAGCUCCUAUA